AUGAGAUUCGCCCCCAUUUUGCUGCUCAUCUUCCUCCGGGUCUGGCCCGCGGCUGCCACCAUUCUGCAGAAUGGCCAGCCACGCGAGGACCCUUACCCCGGCCAACAGUCCCCCAUCAAACUCGACGAUUCCUGGCGAAACUACGACGCGGGGGUUCCGGAGAUUGCGUACAAAGGCCGUUGGGAUAGCCAGCACAUUUCCUGGUGGUCAGCCCCUGGGAUCAAGGUUGAGUUUUCCGGCAACAAGUUGGCUCUCAGUUUCGGCCCCAGUACCUCCAACGGUGCCCUCGUCGCUUAUCGAAUCGGGUCUCUGGACUGGCGAUUUUCCAACGUGACCGCCGAUGCGACCUACCCAUUCAUCGGGCCCGAUGACUUCACCGACGGCGUCGAUACCAAGAGCAAUGUGUUUGAGAUGCGAGUCCAGUUGGCCGGCGUGUCCGUUGCGAAGGACGCCUACAUCACGAAACCCACGCCCUACAAGAGAAAGGUGGAAAUCAUUGGCGGCUCGCUGGCCGGGGGCCAAUAUGCCACUUACGAGACCUUGUCGUCCUGGUCCUUCCUCUACGGCGUUGGACUCGGCGAUGCUGAGUUCACCAUCACUGCCUACCCCGGUGUCUGCCUAGCUGACAUGCAAUGCUACGGCGGUGGCGUCCACGGAAUGACCUGGUGGUGGAACCGCGCUUCCGAUCCCGGAGCCCGCGCCCACCAAUUCUACGGCGACAACCCUCCCGCCUUCGACAACUCGGCCGAGCAACCCGCCGACCUGGUGUUCAUCCAGAUGGGCGGAAACGACUGGCGCCACCCGAACGAGGUGCCCGGCGAGAAGUUCUACCAGGCUUACGUUGACAUGGUGGAGGAGAUUCAUCGCGUCUGGCCCAAAGCCGAAAUCGUUCUGAUGUCGCAAUGGGGACCCUUCCAGAAAGUCGGCACGGAGUACAAGUCGACCAUCCAGUACAAGGACGAGAUCAUCCGGGUGUACGAGUACUUCAAGGACCUGCGCUGGACGUUCGUGCACUACCUGAACACGGACGGCAUCCUGCAGCACAACGACAUCAACCCCAAGAACCACCCGACGGACGUUGGCCACAUCAAGGUCGCCAGCCAUCUGCUGCAGUGGACGCGGCUGGUCCUGCGCUGGGAGCUCAAGCCGACCGGCGAGGUGCAGCACGGAACGCUGUACUGGAACGACCAGGAGGGGUAUUGA